ACUUCCGACUCAGCGCUUGCUUCAGGUUCCGGGGCACUACGGAGCUCCCGGCCUGUGGGUCGCGCGCGGCGCUCUGCGGCGGCCGGGAUGGAGGAGGCCGGAGCGGUGGUGGCCACGGCCGGGGAGGCCGAACUGAACUUGUCCCGCCUCAGCGUGUCCCUCGAGACCCUGGAGUCGGAGCUGGAGGCGCGGGGCGAGGAGCGUCGCGGCCCGCGGGAGGCGCUGCUACGGCUGCUGCUGCCGCACAACCGUCUGGUGUCGCUGCCGCGGGCGCUGGGCAGCGGCUUUCCGCACCUCCAACUGUUGGACGUGAGCGGCAACGCGUUGACCGCGUUGGGGCCGGAGCUGCUGGCGCUGCGCGGCCUGCGCACGCUGCUGGCCAAGAACAACCGGCUCGGCGGGCCCGGAGCGCUGCCCAAGGGCCUGGCCCAGUCGCCGCUCUGCCGCAGCCUCCAGGUGCUCAACCUUAGCGGGAACUGCUUUCAAGAGGUUCCAGCCUCGCUGCUGGACCUGCGCGCGCUGCAGACCCUCAGCCUCGGCGGCAACCAGCUUCAGAACAUCCCUGCCGAGAUUGAGAACUUGAGGAGUUUAGAGUGUUUAUAUCUUGGAGGAAACUUCAUCAAAGAAAUCCCGCCAGAAUUAGGAAAUUUGCCUUCUCUAAAUUACUUGGUAUUAUGUGACAACAAAAUCCAAAGUGUGCCUCCUCAGCUUUCACAGUUGCAUUCACUUCGUUCCCUCAGUCUUCACAAUAACUUGCUGACAUACCUGCCUCGAGAGAUCCUCAACCUUAUUCAUUUGGAAGAAUUGAGUUUGCGAGGAAAUCCAUUGGUUGUUCGUUUUGUUAGAGAUUUAACCUAUGAUCCUCCAACUCUCCUGGAGUUAGCUGCACGGACCAUUAAAAUUCGAAAUAUUUCCUAUACUCCCUAUGAUCUUCCUGGGAAUCUUCUUAGAUACUUGAGUUUAGCCAGCAAUUGCCCAAACCCAAAGUGUGGAGGAGUCUACUUUGAUUGCUGUGUCAGACAAAUUAAAUUUGUGGACUUCUGUGGGAAAUACCGUCUCCCCCUGAUGCACUACCUGUGUUCACCAGAAUGCUCUUCCCCUUGCAGCUCUGCCUCUCACAGUUCCACAUCCCAGAGUGAAUCUGACUCAGAAGAUGAAGCCAGUGUGGCUGCACACAGAAUGCAGAAAGUUCUUCUUGGUUGAAAAGGGAAGCAGGGCAGUGUGAAACACUAAAAGACUGAGCAGAGGUGGUUAGAAAAGAGAAUAGACUUGGAAGUUCACUAGAAACCGUACCUUCAUCUUAAAUGUCCAUGACAGAGUUGGAGAUGGUGUAAAAGAUUUUGUGUUUCUAGCCAUUCAGCGGGAAUGAGUCCAGUUCCAUGUUUGGAUUCUUUUAAUGUAAUUCACUCUGAAUGGCAGUUUCAGAUUUAGUUGAUUGUUCGCAGUUUUCACUCAAGUUUUGCAUGAAUCACACAGCAGAAUGGAACAUCCUAAAGAGCAGUGCUAUAAUAAACCAUGAGUGGUGUAACUUGUGACAGUUGAUAUGAAGAUAGAAAUGAUCAAAUAUGUAAUUUUUACCAGAGUUGUCCGUGAGUUUAGGUUGAACACUAUACCAUAACAGGAUUAGCCCUUCAUUUUUGUAUUGCCCAUAUGUCUAGAUUACAGAGUUAUUCAGAUAAGCUCACAGAUGGUUACAUAGGUACUAAACCUUUCUCAGCUACUGACUGGUAAAGUAAGGGAUAUAACUUUCAUGUGGGGUUUUAAAACUCUUCACUUCUGCUCCUUUGUUCUCUAUGAUUGUUGUUACCCUUGUAUAAUCCAGCAAUGACUGUAAUAGUGCCUUAAUCAUAACAAGGAUUUAGAAAUUUAUUCAAGAAAUGAUACCAGAGCAGCCUAUAACCUGACAUACUCUGCAGAACACUUUAAAAUAUGCUUUAACAAAACUAGGUAAACAACUGUAUAUCUGACAUCUGAGCUCAUAGCCACCUUAACUUCAUUUUUUGUUUAAACAAGUCACUUUUAUAAUUAAUGGGAGGCCACAAUCUUGUUCAGUCUGUUCAUCCUAAGGUAGAAUAAUAGUUUUUAAUGGAAAAAUCUGUCAGAUUUAUUUUAACAGAAAAAAGAUAUAAGAUAGGAAACUUCUUUAUGUCUUGCAUUAAAGGAGUGAGAAAAUGAUUUUAAAGGUUUUAGCAGUCCAGUAUGACUCCUUAGCCUGUGUGUACUGAACUGUAACUUCCUCUACUUUUAAAGAAAAACUAGAGAAACAUUACAAGUGAAAUAAAAUUGGGCACAGCAGUCAUUGUGUUUUUACACAAUAGAACAGUUUCCAAAACAAGUUUAACCAUGGAGUACUUUUUGAAAAUAAUAUAUUGAUAAAAUAUUUUAAAUGUAUUAAAUAUACCCUUAAAGUACAACAGAAAAAUAGUUUCACAAAUUGCCAUUAGAAAUGACAAAUUUUUGUUAACUAGUAUGCAGUAAAAAUUGAGUAAUAGUACAACUGUAAGUUGACAUUAUAAAAUAAAAUACAUAGCACACAUUAGCAAUCGUUAGCUAACUCAUCUGUAAUAACAUAAUGGUUUGUUGGUAAAUACUACCUAUAGAGUAAUACAAAGGUCAGAAACACAUUGGAACAUCAGAUGAUCUCCCUUCUGACUUGUGGCAUUCAUGACUGGGGCACACCAUUUCCUAAAAGCAAGUUGUUGUAUAAUAAUGAUAUGUACAUAUGUUCGGUUUUUGUCACAUAUAUUUUUUAUUUUAGAAGAAAAUAUACUGUAGGAUAGUUUGUUUAUUAUAUGUUAAUUCAUGAAACAUCAUGAGAGUUUCAUGACUGCAGUUGUGAAACGCUGCUAUAGAGUGAAUCCCUUCACUCUGUUGUAAUAAGAUUCUUUUUUCCUUUUGAUCCAGAAAUUUUCUGACUAUGUCUGUAGAAGUAAUGUAGUAUCUUUCUACUGCCUAGCAAAGUAGUACAUGGGUGAUUCUAUCAUAAAAUGGAAGUAAUAAAAAGUCCUUGUUUACUUCUCCAUUUGAGCCACAGCAGGCUGCAUAUUACAAAAUUAUAAAAGAUAAAAGAUGAUUUAGGCAGUGCCUAAGUGGCAAGCCCAAAGUGUUUUUUGUAAGUGAUUUAGGUAAGAUACAUAAAAUAUUUUCAUAGAAAAUAAAUAAUGUAUUCAUAGUAAAAUACUCAAAUUGAUAGGACCAAAUUUUACUGGCUUAAAUGCCUCGGUUUACUUCCUAAUUAAUUACCAGUUUGAUGUAAGUAACAGCUUGGGUAAUCUUCUAAGAGUUAGUCUUUGUGAAAUAAACAGGUAGGUAUGUAAAUAGAUGCUUAACCUUGCCAGAAGAUACACUGAUUGAUCUUUUACAGAUGUAAAUAGGUCCAACCAGAAAUAGUUUCUAGUCUUUGCUGUGUAAUGUAGAUAUAUACAUUGUAUACAGCAAAAUGUCUUCCAACAAAAUGUUUCUUAUGCUUCUCUAUAUGUACAUUUGAAAAUCUCUGAUCAGUAUGGAGCUCUCUUUGGUGACUUUUAUUGAAAUCUACAUUUUAGCUGUUAGUUUUAUCUUUUUUUAUCUUUCACCUAACCUUUUAUAAGAGCUGCUAGUAAUUUCUGAGCUUUUCCUGAGCUGCUAAUAAUUUCUAAGCUUUCCCCUGUUUCUUUUCUCCACCUUCCCUGUUUUCAUAACUGGUGACUGUAGAAGUUAACCAGAAGUGAGUUACAGUUCCAGAGUCAUAUAGCUGACUGUAUUUAAAUUGAAAGCCUCUCUAAUUGCUGAGUCACUUGUUUGUGUGUAAGUUUUUGAUACUGCUCUACUUGGACAAUUUUAGUGACCAAAACUACUGUGGAUAAAACUACUUAACCAAAGCAUAAAUGUGUUUAGAAUGGAAUUCUUCAGUGCUAAUAUUUGGAAUUGAAAUAGAUACAUUGAACAUUCUUAGUAAUCUUUAUUCCUAGAAUCCAAUUCUCUCAGUGUCACCAAACUGAGUCGGUGAAAUGGUCCUAGGAUUUUAGGAAAUAGGAAGAUUAGCUACUAUAACGUUUUGCUUCCAUGGUGCCAGGGAUUGGCUGACCUGAAGACAAGCUAGUCAGGGUUCUCAGCAUUCUCUGUAUUUGUGUAGUAGAGGUAGAUCUGAGGGUUACUGUUCAUAUUUUACUUCUAAAUGCUUCCUGGGGGAGUCUCUUACUCUAAAAUUCUUGAUAUUUGGAACUUUAAGUUGACAAAUUUAAAAGUAAAGACUUGUAUUAUAAACUGUACCUCAAACUUGAGAAAUUUUUGUACUAAUGUAAAGUUAAAAGCAGUCCACACUAGUGCAGGGUAAUACUGCAGACCAGUUCUCCCAAACGUUGAAAAUACCAAUUUAAACAAAAGAAGACAAGGGAAAGGCUGAUUGCUGGAGUGUUAAAUGAAAGAAAUCUUUAAAAACCACAAAAGGCAGGGAAAGAGAAGUCACCAGACACCCAAGGAGAUCCCUGAGCCAAGAAAGUUUUUUAAAGUAAUACUGAAUUGUUUUGAAAUUAAAUGGCCCACUAACUACCAUCUGAAAGCCUGUUUAUCACUAAACUUCUUCAGUUUCUGCUAGUGGGAUAUUGUCCACAUCCCUCCAUAAUGAAGGGCCAGCAAAUAAUAGGAUUUUCUUACACCCAACCUUGCUCUUUCCAAAGGGAGAAAGUAAUACCUCAUUAACCUGGAAUUUGUGGUACACCUUUGGUUAAUGCUUACCUUUUCACUAUGUAAAAGAGAAAAAAUACUAAGCAAAUGAUUACUGCAAAUUAAGUUUGAUCUUAUAAAGCAUUUUAGCAGUAGCUAUUUAU